AGGGGCCUGUGGGGAGGAAGCAUCGCCUUUACUGAAUGACCAUAUAAAGACAUAAAGGGGCUGGUCGCUCCCUGGGCCCGAACCUUCCCGGAGCUGAAUGGAGGCCUGGAACUAAAGGAAGUGAGGCCCAGGGGCCACCCUGGUCCUGCGGGCGGUGCCCCGACCCCCUGGAGCGCCCCCAGAACCAGCCUAGUCUCUCGAGUUCCUGGGCUCCAAGAUGACUUGGCUCAGCUGCUUCACGGCCUGUAGGGACUCGGGCCUAAGUGGGGACGGGACACUUUCCGCGUUGCCUGUCUGGCUCAGCCCCGCUCCCUGGAUCUCUUCCCUGGCCUGGGCUUCCAGCUCGGCUAGCAGGGCACUAGGGAGAAAGGCAGGAUAGGCGAACCUAUCUGGCCACAGGCCCCGAGAGAUGAACAGGAGGUGUCACCAGGUUUUUGGUCCCUGUGUGACAGGACUGGAGGCUGACCCCCAACUCCUCCUCCUUUCUGGCCCCCAAGCUCUCCCCAGACCAUGCUGGCCACCACCCCGGCUGAGCUCCCUGCCUGGAGACCAGGGGCGCCUUUGCCCCCCAGGGUGGGGGUGGGGCAGGGGAGAGCAGCUCGCCAAAAGCAUGCUAGCAAGGCUCCCCAGCAGAACGGGGCCGUGGUCCUGCUGCCCCGCCAUCUCAGCGCCUCCCCAUGUGGCUUGCCUGGUGGUUUCCGAGCUUCCUGUUCCAGAGCAGAAGUUACCCUCCCCCCCUUCCCCAACACAGCAGUAGCCCCAGAGCCUCCGGGCCCCAAAGCCCCAUCUGGCCCGGCGCUAUGAGCCGCGGGGCCCGGGCUGGGUCCCGGGCUGGGCAGCAGCAGAACGUUCCUUCUGCCUUGCUCCGGGACGACGAGAACCAGAAGCUCUUUGAAAUGCUUGGCCGAAAAUGCUCGGUAAGACGCUGGCAACCUCUGUGGGCACAACUCUACUUGUCGCUGCCCGUCAACAGCGGGCGCUGGAGCAAGCGGCAGAGCGGGGCGCUGUGCUUCGUCAAAGACAAUCCCCGCAGGUCCUACUUCAUCCGUCUUUACAGCCUCCAGGAAGGGAGGAUGCUUUGGGAGCAGGAGCUCCACUCCCAGCUGGUAUAUUCGGCCGCCACACCUUUCUUCCACACUUUCCCCUCAGAUGACUGCCAGGCUGGGCUGAAUUUUGCAGAUGAGGGUGAAGCCCAGGCCUUCUGUGCCCUGGUAGAGGAGAAGAUCCAGAAGAGAAACCAGAAGCAAGAAAAACGUCUGCUUCCACCUCCACCCCGUCCGAUCAACGAAGAAAGAAGAGGAGGUGUGCCCCCUCUUCCCCCACACCCCAGCGGAGACCCGAACGGACCCUCUCUGCAGCCCCCCGUGCCCUCGCUGAACCUUGUCACGGUGGACAUCCAGAACCCCGACAUCACGUCGUCUCGCUACCGCGGGCUUCCCGUUCCCGCCACCUCCGACAAGAAGAAGGCCGGGAAGAAGAAGAUCAGCAAGGCUGACAUCGGGGCACCCAGUGGCUUCAAGCAUGUCAGCCAUGUCGGUUGGGACCCUAACAGUGGCUUUGACGUGAACAACCUGGACCCGGAUCUGAAGAGUCUGUUUACCCGGGCGGGGAUCAGUGAGGCCCAGCUAACGGACGCUGAGACCUCCAAGCUCAUUUAUGACUUCAUCGAGGGUCAGGGAGGCUUGGAGGCGGUCAGAGAAGAGAUGAGGCGGCAAGAGGCGGUUCCUCCUCCUCCUCCCCCGUCCCGUGCCUUUCCUGUUUCCUCAGCGCCAUCCACCUCCUCCCGAAGAACGGGACCCCUCCCCCCAGUCCCUGGUGCCCUCUCUGGGUCUCCAUCCUUGCCCAGUCGGGGGGGAGGGGUCCCUCCCCCCCCCAGGUGCCCCCCGCCCCCCAGCCGUGGGGCUGUACCCCCUACCUCCCGUGCUGGCCUCCUGCCGCCUCCCCCACCACCUUCUACUUUUGAUACGUGCCCCCCGCCCCCUCCCCCGCCUCCACCUCCUGCUGGAAUGUGCCCCCCGCCCCCUCCUCCACCCCUUGGGGGGCCAAGUCCCCAAGCAUCUUCUGCCCCUACUGGUCGGGGGGCCCUGCUGGACCAGAUCAGGCAGGGCAUCCAACUUAACAAGACACCAGGGGCCCAGGAGUGCCCGGCUUCCCCUCCCCAGAGCUCCGAGGGGCUGGUGGGGGCCCUCAUGCAUGUCAUGCAGAAGAGGAGCAAGGUCAUCCACUCCUCAGAUGAAGGGGAAGAUGAAGCGGGUGAGGAUGAUGAUGACGACGAAUGGGACGACUGAACAGCCCAUCUGCCCACCCGCCCCUCGCUCCUGCUUGCCGGCUUCCAUCUUCCCUCCAUGGCCACCGGAAACUCGGCCCGCACCUGCUCCCAUUGAGGGGGGAGUUGGUAGGGAGAGGAUCUGGCCUCCUUCCGGCAGAUCCUUGCUCCUUCUCCCUCCCUUGCCCUGGAUGUCAUCGGUCCCCAUGUUCUCUAAGCAUCUGCUUCCUUCCUGAGAGGUUUUGUCGUAGGGGGCAGAGAUGGGGUGGGGAGGGGACCGAGGGGCACAGGGGUGGCUGGGUGGAUCCUUCACCCAGGACAGUCAUCCUGUUAAAUUGCUCAACAAUAGAAUCUGUUUAUUUUACAAAUAUUACCAUUUUUUAAAUGAGCAAAAUGAACAGACACUCCUGUCCCUUCCCCCCCUAUGUGCCUCUUCCCCCCAGCCCAGGUCACAGGUCUGCUCCUUUGCCGCCCUACUGCUGCAGGUCUCCUGAGCCCUCCAGUUCCUGGUUGGGCACUGCUGAGACCAGGUGCACUUCAUCUAAAUCAGAGUGCUUCCCUCACUGGCUGAGCCAGCCCAGCUUCCCCCACUACACCAGCUAUAGGCCAAGAGCUAGCUGGGAGAAAGAAGGAUUAGGAUGCUUAGAGCUCAGAGAGCUCCUUCUCUCAAUCCUGAGCUCCCUCCAGGGUGUUGCUACUUUUCCUGCUGCCUCAUCCCCAGGCUCCCUGACCCAAGUAUCGGAAAAAGGAGCCUGGCUUCCAUUUACUUCAGUCCUGUCCACCAAGUCAGCUGUGUCCGGAUCUCAUCCUAGUCUAACCUCAAACUCUGUCUUGGUGGCUGGAAGCUGGGUGAGGCUUUGUCAGUUCCACUGCUGUGCUUGGUUCCCCUCCUCCCUUUCUGGGUCUGUGUGCUCCAUGUGUGAGAGGUUCGGGGAGGGGGCAGGGGGGAGUAAGGGAGGGUAACCUGAACCCCGAUCUGCCCUGAAUCCCAUUCUUCUCCUCCCUGCCAGCAAUUAUCAGCUUUUCCAUUCCAAAGCUGCCCCUCCCACCCUCUCUUGCUGCUAAUUGAUUUCUGGACUAAAACUUCCCACCUGGA